GCCAUACAGUUCAGCAGAGAGUAUUGAUGUCUAUAGUAUAGUCCAUUUAGAAUCACACCAUCUGGCAACAAAUCGAGACAUAAAACGCUUCUAACUACACUUCACACGGAAAUAACAGAAUAUCUUUAAAGUCAAGACGAAGGUGUGGUGUAUAAACAAAAAACCGAAAACUAUUUAUAUGUAUACAACACUUGCAUAAGGCGCUGUAAGAGAAAUAAUAAAAUCUUUAAUGCUAUUACAAUAAGGAGAAAUAACAAUUUAAAUUUAAAUUUAAUUUUGUACGAAAUCAACGAUUGCUCUUACGAAAAAUACCAAAUCGAUAAACCAAAAUCUUAGCAAACAGAAAUAAAAUGCUUAUCAACAAUGUAUUCAAAUUAAUGAGUAGCAGCUGGAAGCUAUUAAACACACCAAAAGUGUUCUACUUAAUUUCGCCCGUUGCCUCAAGACGUGCAUUGUCUGUGCAGUAUGGCAAUUACGGUCUUCUCACAGCUGGUGCCAAAGCUUACUUGAAUAAAUGCGUUCAUUUAUGUCAACCAGAUCACAUACAUAUAUGUGAUGGAAGUGAAGAUGAGAGCAAGGUAUUGCAAGAAUUGAUGCUGAAGCAGGGGACCAUAACUCCGCUUAAGAAAUACAAUAACUGCUGGCUUGCCCGAACUAAUCCGGCAGACGUUGCUCGCGUUGAAUCCAAAACGUUUAUAUGUACUGAUCGCAAGGAACAAGCUGUACCCGUCACUCCAAUUUCUACCGUUGGCGCACUUGGCAACUGGAUUUCGCAAGCUGAUAUGGAGCAAGCUGUUCAAGAGAGGUUUCCUCAGUGUAUGAGAGGCCGAACAAUGUAUGUGAUUCCAUUUUCAAUGGGCCCUGUGGGAUCUCAGCUAUCAAAGAUUGGCAUUGAAGUUACCGAUUCCCCUUAUGUUGUAGAAUCAAUGAAGAUUAUGACUCGUGUUGGAAAUCAAGUCCUAGAAAAAUUACAAAGCAAGGGUAAUGAGUUUGUGAAAUGUUUACAUUCAGUGGGUACCCCGAAAGACGGAAUAAUUACGGUACCUUCUUGGCCAUGUGAUCCUGAACGCACAAUCAUUCUUCAUAAGCCUGAUACCAACGAGAUCUUGUCUUAUGGGUCCGGAUAUGGUGGUAAUUCUUUACUAGGUAAAAAGUGCUUUGCAUUGCGUAUUGGUAGCACUAUUGCGAAACGCGAAGGUUGGUUGGCCGAACAUAUGCUUAUAUUAGGUAUCACGAAUCCGAAGGGCAAAAAGAUAUAUAUCGCAGCUGCGUUUCCAUCAGCUUGUGGUAAAACAAAUCUAGCUAUGAUGACUCCAACACUGCCAGGUUACAAAGUGGAGUGUGUCGGUGAUGAUAUAGCCUGGAUGAAAUUCGAUAGCGAAGGUGUGCUGCGAGCAAUAAAUCCCGAAAAUGGCUUCUUUGGGGUUGCCCCAGGUACUUCCAUGUCAACAAAUCCUAUUGCAAUGAAGACCAUUUUUAAUAACACUAUUUUUACAAAUGUGGCAUCUACUUCGGACUGUGGGGUUUACUGGGAGGGAAUGGAAGAGACAAAUAUUAAUAAUGUUAUAGUAACCGAUUGGAUGGGUAAGCUAUGGUCUAACCAAUCCGAUAAACCAGCAGCGCAUCCAAAUUCUCGUUUUUGUACACCCGCUAUUCAGUGCCCCAUUAUUGAUCCAUCCUGGGAAGAUCCACAAGGUGUACCUAUAAGCGCAAUCCUAUUCGGUGGUCGUCGCCCAAAAGGUGUUCCACUAGUAUACGAGGCCCGUAGUUGGGCACACGGUGUAUUCAUAGGUGCAGCAAUGCGCAGUGAAGCCACAGCAGCCGCCGAGCAUAAAGAAAAAGUAAUAAUGCAUGAUCCAUUUGCAAUGCGUCCUUUCUUUGGUUACAACUUUGGGGAUUAUCUCAAGCACUGGCUGAGUAUGGAAAAAAGAGGAAGAGUACCGAAAGUUUUUCAUGUUAACUGGUUUCGUAAAAGUACAGAUGGAAAAUUUUUAUGGCCAGGUUUUGGUGAUAACUGUCGUGUUUUGGACUGGAUUUUCAGACGUGUGCAUGAGGAUAGUUGCUUUGUAGACAGUCCUAUUGGUUAUUUGCCUAGCGAAGGUGGGCUGAAUAUAACAGGACUACAACCAACAGUCAACCUAAAUGAACUUUUUGACGUACCUAUUGGCUUCUGGCAAAAAGAAGUCAAUGAAAUUGAACAGUACUUUAAAAUGCAAGUAGGUGAGUUUCUACCAAAAUCAAUAUCCCAGCAAUUGAAUGAAUUAAAGAAGCGCUUAAAUAAAUGAUAAUGCCAGAAUAAA